AUGCGAGAGGCAGUGCUGGGGGUCACAGCAGUGCUGCCCAACGGGCAGGCCCAUCCGCCCUCCCCCCUCCAUCACCCCACUCACCCCUCUCUACUCCCUCUCACCCCUCUCAACCCCCUCUUCGUCCCCAUCACCCCACUCACCCCACUCACCCUAUUCACCCCUCUCGUGGUCAUUCACCUCUCCCCCUUUCCGCUGCUCCCUCUUGCUUCAACCCCCACUUCCCCCUCCUCUCUCCUCACCCACCCCUCUCCACCUCCCCACCCUACCCUUCCCCGCCUCUAUGCGCCCCUGCUGCCGUGCCCGCCUGUGUGCCUUUCCAUCAGGUAUGAUCUGACUCGCCUGAUCGUGGGGAGCGAGGGAACACUGGCUGUUGUCACCGAGGUAGCUCUUCGCCUGUAUCCCCAACCCGAGGCUGUCUCGGCUGCUGUCUGCCCCUUCACCUCCAUCGCCGGUGCUGAGGUCGUGGUAAUCGAGACAGUUUCCCCGCACUUGCAUUGCAACACACCCACCGUAUCCACCAUGUCCCCAUCAUCUCACCCAUCACUCACUUAUUUAUUACGUCACCACCAUUCACCCACCACUCAUCCACCCCUCAUCCACCACUCAUCCACCCCUCAUCCACCACUCAUCCACCCCACCCCUCAUCCACCACUCAUCCACCCCUCACCCACCACUCAUCCACCACUCAUCCACCCCUCACCCACCACUCAUCCACCACUCAUCCACCCCUCACCCACCACUCAUCCACCAAUGAACCACCUCACCCCCCAUGCAUCCUCACCCUCAGGUGGACACAGUGAUCGAGACAAUUCAAACCGCCAUCCCCGUCUCACCCCUCAUUCACCAGUCACACACACGCCACCACACCAACACACCCACAUCAACACACACCACCACACCCUUUCCUACACCCGCACCCGCACCCCUCAGGUGGACACGGUGAUAGAGACGAUUCAAAGCGCCAUCCCCGUAGCACGCAUAGAGCUGCUGGACGAAGUGCAGGUGGACGCAGUGGACGCAGUGAACCGCUACUCCAAGACGCACCUGCACCUGAGUCCCACGCUCUUCUUUGAGUUCCACGGCACUGCUGCUGCCGUGGAGGAGCAAGCCAAGCAGGUGGGGCGGAGGGAGGGAGGGAGACGUGAGUGGUUUGCGGGGCUGCUGGGAGUGAAACUCAUCAUCGCGAGUGUGAAGCUCCCAGUGCUCCUCUUUGAGUUUCACGGCACUGCUGCUGCUGUGGAGGAGCAAGCUAAUAAGGUAGGAGCAAAGCCACGCAGCCUCCUAGCGGACGUGUGUGUACCCAUAUCGCGGCUCACAGAGCUGGUGGUGCUGGCGAAGCAGCAGAUAGAGCAGGCUCAGCUGGUGGCGCCCAUAGUGGGCCACGUGGGGGAUGGCAACUUCCACGUGCUCUUCAUUGGCAUGUGGGUGGCAUGUGGGGGGCAUGUGGGGGGCAUGUGGGGGGCAUGUGGGUGGCAUGUGGGUGGCAUGUGGGUGGCAUGUGGGUGGCAUGUGGGUGGCAUGUGGGGGGCAUGUGGGGGGCAUGUGGAUCACGCGGCGAAGCAGCAGAUUCACCAUGCACAGCUGGUGGCGCCUAUACCGGGGCAUAUGUGUGAGACGGCAACUUCCACUAUAGAUGGUUUUAUCGACCUAUGCUGUCUGGCACACGUCUUCUCCGUGCAACAGGUGGAUCCAGACAACCAGGAUGAGCUGGCAGCGGUCAAGCGAGUCAACGACAGUCUUGUGGCGCGUGCCAUUGCUGUGGGCGGCACAUGCAGCGGCGAGCAUGGUGUUGGGUGA